AUGACCGCAGAGAGAGACCACCAGUGCGCGGCGGAAGGCCCGCGUUUUGACGCUGUUGAGACAGCAGGGCCCGACCGUGCUUGGCAGAGAGAGUCCACCAGUGCCCGGCGGAAGGCCCGGGUGUUGACGCUGCUGAGAGAGCAGGGCCCGGUCGUAUUGGACAGGUUCUGUGAUGGGGUGUUGACGCUGCUGAGAGAGCAGGGCCCGGUCGUAUUGGACAGGUUCUGUGCCGUCCUGAGAGAGUCCACCAGUGCCCGGAGGAAGGCCCGUGUGUUGACGUUCCUGAGGGAGCAGGGUCCGGCCGUGUUGGACAGGUUCUGUGCCGUCCUGAGAGAGUCCACCAGUGCGCGGCGGAAGGCCCGCGUGUUGACGCUGCUGAGGGAGCAGGGCCCGGUCGUAUUGGACAGGUUCUGUGACAGAGAGUCCACCAGUGCGCGGCGGAAGGCCCGCGUGUUGACGCUGCUGAGGGAGCAGGGCCCGGCCGUGGUGGACAGGUUCUGUGCCGUCCUGCUGCACACGGACCAGCCGGCUCUGGAGAGGUUACUACAGGUCAGGCACAGCGGCGGGGAGGGAGGCACCGGCGAGGUAAACCGGCUGGUCAUCACACACGACGACGACACCAGGUCGCUUACGUCAUCAGAGGCAGACAGUCCGGUACUCGAGCCAGAAACACAGAGACUUCCUUCUAGAAAAAGGGCGAAGAAGCUUCGCGAGUUCCUCGGAGAAGGCCCUAGUGCGGGCGACGGCACCCUGGGGCAGAGAUUUAAACUGGCGGGAAACAUGAGUAGAUCUCGUGCCCAGAACCUUGAGAAGGUUUUGCUGCGUGAGAGAGUGAGAGACUUACAGAAACACUUGGCGAAAGACUUGAAGAUGAAGGAGAGGAGGCUUGCUGCGGUGGACCAGUCCAUGACGAUUAGGGACCAGGAGACUAAGAUACAGACGCUUGAGGCGGAGAACAACAAGCUGAAGUAUGAACAACAGUCGUGGUACGUUGCGAGGGACAACUCAGCUAGAGACAGACAACUCUCUAGUAUAAAGAUCUCUAGCCUGGAGCGGGACGUGCAGAACCUGGCGCACGAGCGGGACCUGAUGAAGAGACAGCGGGACCAGGCCGUACGCGCGGAGUGGCUCGCCAACACCGAGAAGGACAAGCUAGCCAGGGCCAGGGACGAGAUACUGGACAGGGAGAGGGACAGCGACAAGUUGAUAAGUGAAAGAAACGAGGCCCUAGCGACCAUCGCGAGACUGCAGCACGAGAUCCGGCACCUCUCCGGAGAACUGGAGAGGAGGAACGGGAGACCCCGGACCUUCGAGAUGGAACAGACGAAGACAGAGCUCCAAAACGCCCUCUUGGAACGGGACCGGGUACUGCAGCAGCAGAGCGCGGUUGUGUCGGAGUUGGACAGUAUGCUCAGGGAACGAGACGAUGCAGUCAAGGAACGAGACGAGGCCUUCGCGGCCAUGGAGAGGGCUUUGGAGGACAUCAGAAGAGCUAACCAGGAGAAGGAUUCGGCACAAAACGAGCUGUUACAAGCCAUUCGGGAGAAAGAGGCCACGGCAAGGGAACGAGAUCACGUGUCCCAGCAGGCGAAGAAAGAGUGCCACGACGCGAUCCUGGAGCGAGACGAGGCUGUCCGUGAGCGCGGGACGAUCAUGCUGGAGUGGGACCGGGUCAUGAAGGAACGGGACUCCGCCGUCAGGGACCGCGACCAGGCCGUCAGGGAACAGGAGAAGGCGGCGAAAGACACAGAAAGGACAAAACGAGAGCGGGACGUCGCGCACUUCGAACUGGCCAGACUUACCCAGAAGAACGACGCCAUCAACCGGGAACGAGAGCACGCCGUGCAGGCGAACAAGAUGGCGACGUUCGAACGGGACCGGGCGGUGAAGGAGAGAGAAUCGGCGCUGGUCGAUCUGCAGAGGGCCGUGCAGGAACGGGGCAGUGCGGUGGCCGAGUGGGAGAAGGCGGUCAAAAAACAGGACACUGCCCUGGCUGACAGAGAAAGAGCCAUUCAGUUUCUACAAAAGGCAAAAGAGGAGAGAGACAGGGCUGUUAAAGACAAGGAGGAGAUGGCCAUCGUUAUGGAGGAGGAGAGAAGCAAUGCAGUUCGAGUUCGCCAGGCGGCGCUCCAGGAGCGGGACUACGCUCUUCAGGCGGCCAAAGAGGCUGUCCGACAGAGGGACAGGGCGAUCGCGGCAGAGACGGCUGCUCUGAAAGGGAAGGACGACGCCCUCAGACAGAAGGACCAGGCGGAGUCGUCCCGGGACCAGGCGGUGCAGGACAGGGAGGAGGCCGUCCGGCUGAGGGACGCCACCGUACAGGAGCGGGACGCAGCGGUGGCGGACAGGGACGCAGCCAGGAAAGAACAACAGGAGACAGAGGAGGCCGCCCGGCUGAGGGACGCCGCCACACAGGAGCGGGACGCCGCGGUGGCGGACAGGGACGCAGCCAGGAAAGAACAACAGGUACAUAUUUCAAACGAAUUUGAGUUAAAUUUGAGUCAAAUAGCGGUGCAGGAGAGAGACGAGGCCGUCCGGCUGAGGGACGCCGCCACACAGGAGCGGGACGCCGCGGUGGCCGACAGGGACGCAGCCAGGAAAGAACAGCAGGUACAUAUUUCUGAGAAAGGAGGUUAA